AUGGAGGAGAGACUUCCGGAAAAAGUGGACGUUGUGAUUUUAGGCACCGGAUUGCCUGAGGCGAUUCUAGCUGCGGCAUGCGCCAGAUCCGGACUUAGUGUACUUCAUUUGGAUCGAAAUGAAUAUUAUGGGGCCGAGUGGUCGUCGUUCAAUAUGUCGAGCAUAUCGGAUUUUAUGCAAACGACGAGCAAGUCGUCCAGCUCGCGAGAAGCUGCACCAGACGAGAUGAAGCUUGGCGAUCGGCCGAUGUUUAGCGACAUUCAAUGCGAAUGGAUUGACAAAAAUAUGGAAGAGACGCUGAAGAAAGACUAUCGCAAAUUCUCCAUCGACAUUCUGCCGAAGGUGCUUCUCUCGAAGGGAGCGAUGGUUCAAACUUUGUGCGACUCUCAAGUGUCACAAUAUGCCGAAUUCAAGUUGGUCGAUCGGCAACUCUGUCCGACGCUGGCUGAAAAUGAGCAAAUCGAUAUGAAUAAGGUGCCAUGCAGUAAAGGAGAGAUUUUCACCAGCACCGUUCUAUCAAUGAUGGAGAAACGCGCUCUAAUGAAAUUUAUCACAUUUUGUACGCAAUGGCGAAACAAGGACGAAGCGGAAGGCAGAGAGUUGCUGAAAGAGUACGACGGAAAAAGUUUUGACGAGUUCUUGACGUCGAUGGACGUUGGCGAGAAGCUUAAAACGUUCAUCAUAAACACAAUUGGGAUUCUGGAGCCGCGUCCGAGCACAAUUGAAGGUAUGAAGGCGUCGUGCGAGUUUAUGGAUUCGGUGGGACACUUUGGCGCCUCGCCAUUCCUCUAUCCGCUGUACGGAUGUGGCGAGUUGGCGCAAUGCUUCUGCCGAUUGGCGGCAGUGUUUGGCAGCUUGUACUGUCUGGGUCGGCCGGUUCAAUCAUUGAUCGUCGAGGAGGGAAAGGUGGCCGGCGUGGUGGCUGAUGAUCAGACGAUUCGGUGUGAUCGCGUGAUCAUGUCGCCGAGAUAUGUGCCGGAGCAAUUUGAAGUGACAUCGGAGAAAUUCAUUGAUCGCAUUGUGUAUGUCAUUGGUGAAUCGGUGCUGCCUGAGGAGAAGGAGCAUAUUUCGCUUAUCAAUCUGGCUGCUCUACGCCCGGAAGCUCGAAUUAGUCGCGUGAUUGAAGCUGGAUUCGAAGCCUGCACAGCUCCCAAGGGUUACUACUUGAUGCACAUCACCGGAUCUUGCGACGACUCGCCAAUCGGCGUCGAGCAAAUUGCUCGACAAAUAUUGCAGCAGAAAAAUAUUGAGCCGAUUUGGCGAUUGGCGUUCCGAAUGAGAGUCGUCGAAUUCGAGCGUGAGAACUUGGCGCCGAAUUUGUCGGUUUCGCCGAGUUUGGAUGAUGACAUACAUUAUUCGGCGGUUAUUGAAAAGUGUAAGAAACUAUUCUGCGAAAUCUGGCCGGAUCGCGAUUUUCUACCAAGAAGCAUUCGAGUCGAAACUGAAGAUGACGAUGAUCAGGAGCAUGAGACACCCGUUGACCAAUAA